AUGUUCGGAUCAAAGAAGUAUAAAGGAAAGGAUAGCGGAAGUUUGCGAAGUUUCCGGCCGGAAAAUGGUCAUCAUUAUCAUAUCUUCUCAGGUUUAUCCAUCCGAUCUCUGCCAGAAACAGAUUGCACAAACUUACCGGAAACAAGUAGAGCAGCAAUGGAAUCCGAUUAUUAUGAGGUUAAUCGGAUGAACGAUGAUCAAGUUAAUGCUGCUUUUGCCGAAUUACUUAAGCAAAUGAAUAUAAAAGAUGAAAAAUUUCGUGCCUUAUUGGCAGACAAUGAUAUGGAAAAGAAGCGGCAAAUGGUUUGUCAAUCUCAAAGACUUAAUAUGGCUACUCAAGAAAAUUCCAAGCGGCCCAUUGAUCUGAUUCGACGCAUUGAAAGGGUGCUGGCAUCAGGAGAAGAGGCUAGGUUGAUGAAAGAUGUAUUGAAAGACUUGAAAGUCCAGCUUAGCGUUCAGAAGGUGGAUUGGAUUAAAGAGUUCGGCAACCAGGGUGGUCUUCAGUUAUUGUUCCAUAUAAUGCAUAAUCUCAUCGCAUCCCUGCGGUUAUCUGAGAAUUCUGAACGGGAGGAAGAGUAUGCUUUGCAACUUCAUGACAGUGUCAAGUGUUUGAAAUCCGUUGUCAAUACAUGGCCUGGAAUGGAAAUGUGCUUCAGACGGAAGUCGAAAAUGUUUUCAUGCUUGGUUGGAGUGCUAUCCGUAGCUUCCGGCAAACCAUUCUUGGAUCAUUGGGAUUCACUGAAAUUUGUAACAGUGAGCCUCUUGGGCGUCGUGACUUUCGUUAAUGAUGAUAAAUUUGAGCUCAGAGGACGCGAGACGCUCUUGCAAGCUUUAACCGAAGAAGCCCGAUUACGAAAAUGUGAAAGAUUUCGCUGCAUUGUCAGUUGCUUAAAUAAAUCAAACCGCCUCGAUGUAGUGAAGAAAGCCAUGACAUUGGUAAAUGUAAUGUUGGAUGUGCCGGAGCCGGAUGAUACAACUACAGAGGAAGGUCGAGCAUCUGCGGAAGCUGCCUGGCAAAUUCGGAUGCACUGGAGAAGUGAAUUCAUGCGCGCUGGCAUGUACGAUUGUAUUCAGUUUUUGGAAAGUUGCACUUUGGAAGCAAUCAAGAAACAGUAUGAUAAUUUCUGCCGAAUCAAAGAAGCCGACUUUGCUGAACUUGUAAAUCGGUUUGAACAAAUAAAAGGAGAAUAUGAAGAGCCUGACUGCUGCUAUGGCAUUUUAUUAGCUGGUGUGAAGAACACUAGAGCCGAAGGGCCAUUUUUGAGCAUUCUACAACACCUUCUUCUGGUAACGGACGAUAAUAAUGUGAGGACAGAAUAUUUUCGAUUGAUUGAGAACUGCAUCUCAGAAAUCGUUCUGCCGAAAACAUGUGUUGAUCCUGAUUUUCGUGGGAAAUUCGAAUUUACUCAAGAUAUCACUCAUUUCCUCGAUACCUUAGAAGAUGGCGAGGAAGGAAGGCAAGCUAAUAAGCGUGUCGAAAUUGCAACACAAGCAAAAAAUGAGGCCUUAGCCAAAUUGAGCCAAUAUUACAGGAGAAUGGAGGAGUUUGCAAAUGAGACAGAACAGCUUAGAAACCAUAUAAAAGAUCCAAAUGUACCGCUUCCUCCACCAACAAGCCGUUUACCGCCACCAGAUACCUAUGCUGAAACAGUAAAUAAGAACUUACCUGCCGUAGCAGGAGGUCCUCCUCCACCACCACCUCCGCCUCCACCUUUGCCUCCGCCUCUACUUUCAUCUGGAGGCUAUCCUCCUCCUCCUUUCCCUCCACCGCCACCACCGCCACUUCCAGGCGGACAAGGUCCACCUGGACCGCCAUCACCACCUGGAUUCUUAAAUAAAGUGGCAAGCCCCGAACUGCCAGAAUAUCUGAAGAAGAAACCACAUCGUGAAGUAAAUGUGCCGAUGAAAAAAAUUCCAUGGAGCUCGGCAACGAUCAAACCCAAGGAAAUCAGUAAAGACUCCUUUUGGGCGCAAACAACAGAGGAGAAAUUCGCGAAUGAGCGGUUAUUUGAAACAUUAAAAAAAAAAUUUGCAGCGAAUCGACAAAAUACCACUGACUUCGAUUCAACAACGAGUGGAAAGAGUUUGCCGAAGAAGAAAGUCCGAAAACCACUAGUCAUACAAGACGAAAAGACCUUGCAAUCUCUUGCCAUUCUGCAAGGAUCGCAAAAGAUACCGCUGGAGGAAUGGAAAAGGAUUUUAUUGGAAAUAGAUGAUCAAGUAAUAUCUUCGGGAACAAUGCAGCAAUUGAGGAAUGCUUUGCCACCAUUCGACACGUUGAAGAAACUUGAGAAUUUAGCUGGUAACAAAUUCAAUGAGAUGCCAGAAGGGGAACAGUUUGCUGCAACACUGGCUUCAAUAAGAGGAUUGCCAGCACGAUUGGAUUCUAUGAUUUUUAUGCUUGAAUUUGAUAAAACCCUAAACGACUUGAAACCGACUAUAUCGGCUGUGAUAGAAGCAUGUGAUGAAAUUCGGACAUCAAGGGGCUUCAAAAUGUUUCUAGAAAUAGUUCUUUUGGUUGGAAACUAUAUGGGACAUUCAUCGAAAACAUAUAAGGAUAUAUUUGGAUUCGAAAUGAGUGUACUAAAAAAGUUAAGUGGUACGAAAGAUGUCAACAACGGUGAAUCACUUCUACAUUAUCUCGUAAGUUGUAUGUCUACUGAAGCGAAUGGUUUGUAUGCAAACUUCCCGAAGGAUGAAUUCCUCCAUGUUGAUAAAGCUUCACGUGUUAAUGCAGAUGAAGUGGCUAGGGGCGUUAUGGCUCUGAAAAAUGCUCUCAAUAAGAUUGAAAAUCAGCUUAAGGCAUUUGUCAAGCAAGCAGAAAAUGAUUUGUUCUCUGAAAAAAUGGGCCCAUUCUUAUCAAAAGCGAAAACAGAAUGCGAAAUCGUAGAAAAAAUGUAUAACACAAUGAAUACCAAAUGGGAGUCUUUGAGGAAAUAUUAUUCAUUUGACCCGAAAAAAUACAGCAUGGAAACAUUUUUUGGUGACUUGAAAUUGUUCAAAGAGGAUUACGAGAAAGUAAUCCAUGACAUGGAAAAAAUACGUGAAAUAAAAGAACGCGAGGAACAAAGGAAGAAACGACUACCAUUGAAACCACUGCAACCAGGAGUUGCGGCAUCUCCACUGAAUCGUACUGUUGCAAUCGAAGGAAUUCUGAAAACAGGAAAACAAGAUUUGGGUGUUGUGGAUGAAAUUGAGAAAAUAUUGGAAGCAGGAUAUUUAGAAGGAGCAGAACGAAAGACACCAAGGAGAACACCACGUACUCGCGCUGGUCGUGCUGCAAUGGAACGACAACGUUCACGUGCAUCUGAAGAACACAUGUCGAUUUCCGAUUCUGGAUCAUCACAACUUCCAACGCAAUAUCGAAUACGGAGGAAAGGACAGCCUACAUUACUUGUACAGGCAGGUACAGUAUCGGUAUUUCCAAAAGAGAAUGAAAAGCCAUAA